CCGACUCAUCGUACGCCCUCUUUCAUUCUUCUGCAUUUGGCAUUCGGCGUUGAAGGUCGUGCUUAGACCUUAGAUUUAGUUUAUUGUUACUUUAAGUCUAAUAUAGUAAUAAUAAUGGCUAAUAACGAUAAUUUUGCACAAGACGUUACUGAAAAUCAAGUGAAUGGAAAUGCGGAGAACGGUGGAGGUGACGGGCAAGAACAUAACAGUGCUGAUGCCCCGGGACGCGAUGACGACAGAAAACUUUUUGUGGGAGGCCUGAGCUGGGAAACGACAGAUAAGGAAUUACGUGACCACUUCAGUGCUUAUGGAGAGAUUGAGAGUAUUAAUGUCAAGACAGACCCUAAUACAGGCAGGUCGCGAGGCUUCGCCUUUAUUGUAUUCAAGGCACCAGACUCUAUUGAUAAAGUCAUGUCGGCUGGGGACCACACCAUCAACAACAAAAAAGUAGACCCCAAAAAGGCUAAAGCAAGACAUGGCAAAAUAUUUGUUGGAGGUCUCAGCAGUGAAAUUUCUGAUGACGAAAUCAAAACCUUCUUUAACAACUUUGGAACAGUUAUAGACAUUGAGAUGCCAUUUGACAAGACAAAGAACCAAAGAAAAGGUUUCUGUUUCAUCACAUUUGAAUCUGAGCAGGUGGUUAAUGAACUUCUUAAGACACCCAAACAGACCAUCGGGGGUAAGGAGGUCGACGUCAAAAGGGCGACGCCAAAACCCGACGGUCCUGGGGGAAUGGGAGGACGUGGAGGCCGCGGGGGUAGGGGAGCGCGGGGCGGUCGCGGGGGCCGUGGGGGUUACGGCGGCCAGGGCGCCUGGGGCAAUCAAGGCUACGGCGGCUAUGGAUACGGCCAGGGAGGAUACGGCGGAGGAUACGACGGCUACGGCUAUGGCGGAUACGGAUACGACGGCUACGGGGGCUACGGCGGAUACGAUUACUCCGGAUACCCCAAUUACGACUAUGGCGGGUACGGAGGGUACGAGGGCGGCUACGGCGCGCGCGCGGCUCCACGCGGGAAAGAAACAGAAGGCAGACAAGCAGAGGGCCGAUCAGAUGCAGGCUACCAGGGUGGCAAGCAGCGCGGGGGCGGCGGUGGGCGCGCCAACCAGAGGCACCAACCCUACUAGACACAAACCUGUACCUGCCGAUAGUCAUCUCAGUCCAA